GCGGCUGGGCCUGCGGCCUCUUGACCAGCGGGCCGAGCUCCGGGCGCUCCUCCGACGCCCGCCGACGGCUUCUGUCACAGGCCCGUGAGGGUUGUGGGAGUUCCGGCGCUCCGAAUCCUCGUGUCCUCCGCCACAGGACCCCCUCCGCCACAGGGCCCUCGUCCUUCAUGGCGUCCUCUGUAAGGACCAUCCCGGUUCCGACCUCUAAACACCCCUCGCGGCUCUUCUCCGUCGGACUGCCAUAGCCUUGACUCUUCCCCAUAAACUCCUCAGAGAGGCUCUCGCCUCCAUCCGGCCGCCGUCUCUCUGGCCCGCGUGUCCCUCGGGCUCCGCUUGGGUCUCAGGGCUGGUCCCCUCAGCGGCUCCGUUGCCCGGUCGCUGCCCGCGCCUACCGCCAGAGGGCGCCGUCGGUGGCGGCCGCGCACCCCGCGGGUUCCGCUCCUCUCGCCGCCCCGGCCUCGCCCCCUUGCGCUCGCGCCGCCGGAAGUGGGAGGUGCCGCGCGCGGGCCGGCGCUCGACCCCUCCCCCAGGCUUGGCCGCCCCCUCCCCCGCUCCGCCCGCUCAGAGUGCAGAUGGCGGCCUCUGAGGUAGCUGGCCUUGGGGCCGGUGCCCCAAGUCCUUCGGAAUCUUCUGCUUUGUGUGCAUCCAAGUCUGACGAAUCUCUCCCAGAUGGCCUAAGCCCCAAAGACUCUGCCCAGAAACAGAAGAACUUGUCUCCGCCGAGUGUAAGUAGCCAAAUGAUAACCAAGGAGAGUAACAGAAAUGCCCAUUUGGAACAUCCAGAACAGAAUCCUGGUUCAUCAGUGGGUGAUACUUCAGCAGCGCACGAGGAAGUUGUAGGAGAAAACUUGGUAGCCACAGCCCUUUGUCUUUCUGGCAAUGGGUCUCAGUCUGAUUUGAAGGACUUGACCAACCCAGCAGGAGAGGAGGGGGACACGAGCCUCCAGGAGAGCCUCCAUCCAGUCACUCGGUCUCUUAAGGCAGGGUGCCACUCAAAACAACUUGCCUCCGGGAAUUGCUCUGAAGAGAAAUGCCCAGCAGCCUCCGUCUUAAAGGAAGGUAGCAGGGAUGCAGGCUUGGACUUGCUACCUGUAGUACCGCCUGCAAAUGGGGUUGAAGGAGUGAGAGUGGAUCAGGAUGAUGAUCAGGAUAGCUCUUCCUUGAAGCUUUCUCAGAACAUUGCUGUGCAGACUGACUUUAAAACAGCAGAUUCGGAAGUAAACACAGACCAAGAUAUUGAAAAGAAUCUGGACAAAAUGAUGACAGAGAGAACUCUGUUGAAGGAGCGUUACCAAGAAGUCCUGGACAAGCAGAGGCAGGUGGAGAGUCAGCUCCAGGUGCAAUUAAAGCAGCUUCAGCAAAGGCGAGAAGAAGAAAUGAAGAAUCACCAGGAGAUACUAAAAGCCAUUCAGGAUGUGACCAUAAAGCGAGAAGAAACCAAGAAGAAGAUAGAGAAAGAAAAGAAGGAGUUCUUGCAGAAGGAGCAGGACCUGAAAGCUGAAAUCGAGAAGCUCUGUGAGAAGGGCAGAAGAGAAGUGUGGGAAAUGGAACUGGAUAGACUCAAGAACCAGGAUGGUGAAAUCAGCCGGAAUAUUAUGGAAGAGACAGAGCGGGCCUGGAAAGCAGAGAUCCUGUCACUAGAGAGCCGGAAGGAGUUGCUGGUGUUGAAACUGGAAGAAGCAGAAAAAGAAGCAGAACUUCAUCUGACUUACCUCAAGUCAACUCCUCCAACCCUAGAGACAGUUCGUUCCAAACAAGAGUGGGAGACAAGACUGAAUGGAGUUCGGAUAAUGAAAAAGAAUGUUCGGGACCAGUUUAAUAGUCAUAUCCAGCUAGUGAGGAAUGGAGCCAAGCUGAGCAGCCUUCCUCAGAUCCCUACCCCAACUUUGCCUCCACCACCCUCAGAGGCAGAUUUCAUGCUUCAAGUAUUUCAGCCCAGUCCCUCUCUGACCUCUCGGAUGCCCUUCUCUAUCGGGCAGGUCACUAUGCCUAUGGUUAUGCCCAGUGCAGAUCCUCGCUCUUUGUCUUUUCCGAUCUUGAACCCUGCCCUUUCCCAGUCCAGCCAACCUUCUCCACCUCUUUCCGGCUCACAUGGGAGAAAUAGCCCUGGCUUGGGUUCCCUGGUCAGCCCUCAUGGUCCACACAUGCCUCCUGCUGCCUCCAUCCCGCCUCCCCCAGGCUUGGGCGGUAUUAAGGCUUCUUCUGAAACUCCCCGGCCCCAACCAGUAGACAAACUGGAGAAGAUCCUGGAGAAGCUGCUGACUCGGUUCCCACAGUGCAAUAAGGCCCAGAUGACCAACAUUCUUCAGCAAAUCAAGACAGCGCGUACCACCAUGGCGGGCCUGACCAUGGAGGAACUAAUCCAACUGGUAGCCGCACGACUGGCCGAGCAUGAACGGGUGGCGUCAAGCACUCAGGCUCCACCCACUUGUAAACUGUGUCUGAUGUGUCAGAAACUUGUCCAGCCCAGUGAGCUGCACCCGAUGGCCUGCACCCACGCGUUGCACAAGGAGUGUAUCAAAUUCUGGGCCCAGACCAACACAAAUGACACUUGUCCCUUUUGCCCAACUCUUAAAUGAUGGACCCGACUGGGGAGGAAGAAGAGGAGAAACGGAUGCGAACAGGAAGCGCGGGUUCAAGAUUUCUAAAACUCUAUAUAUUUAUACAGUGACAUAUACUCAUGCCGUGUACAUUUUUAUUAUAUAGGUAAUGUGUGUAUAGAAAGUCUGUAUUCAAAUGUUCGUAAUGAAAGUAUGUAUAUAAUGCAGAAACACCCCUUUCCCCCUCAUCUUGCAGUUUUUUGGGGGAUGCAGACUGUAGGGAUAUAUGAUGUUUAAUUUGGCCUUGAAAUCAUGAUCCCUGCAUAGGGCUGUUGUCUAACCCAUCUAGGAAGCUGCUGUUGCUGUAAGGCCAUCCUGCUUUGGUUUGUCCCAGCCUCUAGUCCAUUUUUAUAAGGCUCGUGUAUGCAGAUGUGAAGUCUGGUGCUCACCUGCUGUGCAUCCAGAUGCUGGCCUUGCAGGGGCCUUCAAGCCUUGGCGUUAAUUUAGCCACUCUACUCCAAUAGACAAAAUGAUACUGACUGAGGGGAACAAAUGUAACUCUGAUAGUUUGAUUCUUCAUUGAACAUUUUACUAUGUUAAUGCUCAUUAUUUAUACAUUGAUAUCAGGUAUACAGGAUAUUCUGUUUUAUGUCAGUAAAAUCCACAAUCCAAGAACAACAAAAUCAGGUUCCAUUUCUCCCACCAUCUUCUGUCUACUCUGCUUUCUAGAUAGAAAAGCACAAUUCACAGAUUUUUCCCCUGGGCCAAGCCACCACCCCUUGUUGCUACUGGUUUAGCCUCCACUAAGCACUGACCGGCCAGGCUUGCAAAGUGCUCACCCUUCCAUUCCUCUGGUUUCCUAAUCUAGCUAUCCCCUCCCCCCAAAGGUUAAGGCAGUUGGUUCACCACCAAGUGAUUUGGUGACCUUAGGUGAGCUCCAGACAGGCACUGGGGUGAGAUGUCUGUGCAAAAUUACUUGCAGAAUAAUCAUGGGAUGUUGGACUUCAUUUAUCAAUCAAAAAUGCUAUGAAGGAUACAUUCCCUGUCUAGAAUACAGUGGAGACAAUGAGAUGAAGGAAGGUGGUACAGUUGUAAGCUAUGCUUUGUGGAUUCCCAUCUGGAGGAAGAUAGGUUUGCCACCUCCACUUACUGAGUUCUUCUGGUUUUCAUGUCUGAGACAGCUGUGGCUCUGAGAACCUUGAGUCUUUUCCAAUCUUUAUCUUUACUCCUACAGGAAAUGGCUUUAAUUACCUUCUUUUUUUUUUUUUUUUUUUUUUUCAGAAUUAAACAAGUGUUAAUUGAGAAAAAAAAAUGCAUCAGGGGGAAGGGUAACAUUAUGCUACUGACAAUUGAUGCUUUCCCAUUCUGGGACCGGGGAUGCUUAUUGAGUCUAGCAGUUUCUAUUAGGAUAGCAAAGACUUUGUCCUUUCUGAGCUAACUAAAUUCUCUUUUGUUUUUCUCUGCCUUGCCUAUGAGCUCAUGGAUGAAUUCUUUUCUCUUGCCUUAUUGUCCAGGUUGAUUGAUAAGCAUGUUUAGGGGUGAACUUCCCAGGGUUACCUUAGCAUCUUUAAGGGGGAAUGGCCUGAGUCUUCAACUUUUUAGAGGUCAGGUGACCUCCUUUCUUUGGUUAAUGAAGUACUUCUGUCUUCUUGUCUCCAGUUUGGUAGUACUUGAACAGAAAAAAGUGGCAAAAUGGAA